AUGUUCCGUUAUUUGGCCCCACGCACGUCUGGCUCGUCGGACGACUCUUCCAGUAAUGUCGUUCCACUGGCCGUGGGGCUUGGUGUAGGCGUACCCUGUGCGGUAACUGUGGUUAUUCUGGUAUGGCUAUACUUUCGCUCUCGUCGGGUAUCUCGUGAGGAAGACGAAAGACAUGAGAAUAUCGAUAUCGAUGGAGACGUCACGCUGUAUGAAAACCACAUUGGUAUUGCGGACGAAAAGUAUGCCAUCCGGCCCAAAGUGCACAGAGACAACUCUUCCUCGUUUAUGUAUACGCCUUACUUCAAAGAUCCUUCGAUGCAGAGCGUCGAUGGCUACUCUCGUUCAAUGACCUCUGUUUUGGGCCCCUCUCCUUUCCACCAGUCCUCAGAGAUGCUCCGCACCCCUCGUUCUUACAGUGCCUCCUCAAUGCAGUGGCAGGCGCCGCGGCUUCCUACGCAGCCCUGGAGUGACCAGGGUAGUGCCCAUAACUCUUAUACCAGCACUCAUACUCUUUCGAGUGUUCCCAGCAGUCCCGGCGGACUGGAGUCACUAGCGUCUGAAAGCGACGACGAGGGUGACUUGUCUUAUGACGCUACUCACAGAGAGUCGAUGGCCUUGGAAGAUCCGGAUUUCCGCAGAGUUUCCUCGGUCUCGCGUAAUAAAACCCCUCCUUUGACAACCUCUGCACAAAGCGUGCGUUUGUCGGUGGGCCACCGUGCCACUUUUGGUUAUGAGGGUGAUGGUAGUGAUGAUCCCCGCUUGUCUACGGUUUCCUUUGCGUCGCUGCACACAGCCCGGUCCAAUGCCCUGAACCCCCAAUUUUCUGAUUCAAAAACUUCGUUGGCCCAUUCGGCGCUCGCGAAUGAGAUUUUGCCGGAUGACAGUGAAAUUAAUGAUAGUAAUGAGUACACCGGCGAAUCUUUUGAUAAUUCUGCGGUGUCUGAUGUCCAGGUGGGGCAUGUUCGGAUCGAGGCCGGGUCUGAUGCUGUCUUCAAGUCUGAUCAUGGUGUCAUUGCUGAACCCGCUGAGCGGGGGCCUGAAGAGGCUGUUCGGGAACAUGCUGAACCCGAAUAUGCUGUUCAAGAACAUGCUGCGUCUGAUGCUAGAGAACAGUAUGAGCCCGAAAGCCUCGCUCUGAAACCUGAGCCUGUGGGGGCUCCUCUUGAAAAUAGUGUGCCUGAGCAUGUGCCUCAGCGUACAGAGUUUGGGCAUGUGCCUCAGCAUGCAGAGCCCGAGCAUGUGCCUGAGCAUACAGAGUUUGGACAUAUGCCUCAGCAUACAGAGCACGAGCAUGUGCCUGAGCAUACAGAGCCCGAGCCUGUGCCUCAGCAUACAGAGCCCAAGCAUGAUGUACCCCAGAAUAUAGGACCUGAGCCCGCCCACAAAGGCGCGGACUCCAUUCCUGAAAAAAAUACCCAGCGAAAUACCUCAGAUUUCGACUUUGGUCAAUUGCCCAGUCCUGAGACAACACCUGCAUCCUCAAAUGAACCUGAGCCAGUCGCUACUAUGGUGUCGACCCCUCAUCUAGGACCAACGCCCGAAUCAUCUUACGACAUGAGCCUGGACUCUCCAUGGGGAAGUAAUAACCACUUUUUGCCCCAACGUCCACCGUCGCCCGCAACUUCAUCUGCUCCGUCGUCGGUGUAUCCCGAGUCUUCGAUUUCAAAUCAAUUCGGGUUUUCCCAGCCGUCAUCGCCUCAAGUUGGCAACAAAUCACCGGGCCCCGUGUUUGUCCCGACUUUAUCAGACUACAUGGAUCUCCCAGACGUGCCAUCGAGCGGUGGGUUCAAGCCCCAUGCAGCAGGAAGAAAAUCUUACUCCUCGCAAAGAAAUGCUCGUCCUCCGGUGCCUGCGCCCCGCAACAGUAUUGCCGUUCUGGACGAGUCUGUGUUCAUACAGCCGAAGCGCAAGUUCGGACCAAAGUCCCGUGGUAAAUCACUACCGCCCCAGCAUGCUGGUCAGGGUAAUUACGGGCCACCCUAG